UAUGAAUUUUUUGUAUAGAUCAUGCAUUCAAUGCUAUGAAUUCUUUGUAUAGAUCAUGCAUUCAAUGCUAUGAAUUCUUUGUAUAGAUCAUGCAUUCAAUGCUAUGAAUUCUUUGUAUAGAUCAUGCAAUCAAUGCUAUGAAUUCUUUGUAUAGAUCAUGCAAUCAAUGCUAUGAAUUCUUUGUAUAGAUCAUGCAUUCAAUGCUAUGAAUUCUUUGUGUAUAUAUGCAUUCAAUGCUAUGAAUUCAUAAACUUGGAUGUUUGAACACCUCUGCUUCGCAGACUGUAAGAAUUGACUUGCCUGUGCUAUAUUUAGACACAUUUCCUUAGAACUAGUUGUAACAAUUGAAACAUUCCCCAUGAUAUUUUGUUUAUAAAAUGUUGACGAAAAUCUUUGAAAUAUUGUGGAUCAACAAAUUAAAGGAUGUGAUAAUUUACCUUCUGAUCAUGUUUGUGCAAAAUAUUUUCUACAAUUUCUGUUUGUUUUUAGCUCACCUGAGCUAAAAGCUCAAGUGAGCUUUUCUGAUCAUCCGUAUUCCGGCGUCCGUCCGUCUGUCCGUCUGUAAACUUUUAACAUUUUUAACUUCUUCUCAAAAACCACUGGGCCAAUUUCAACCAAAGUUGGCACAAAGCAUCCUUAGGUAAAGGGAAUUCUAAAUUGUUAAAAUAAAGGGCCAGGCCACGUUCCAAUGGGAGAUAAUCAAGAAAAGGUAAAAAUAGGGUAGGGUCAUUAAAAAAUCUUCUUCUCAAGAACCGCUGGGCUAGAAAAGAUGAAAUUUAUAGAUAAGCUUUAUUAGGUAGUGCAGAUUCUAAAUUGUUAAAAUCCUGGCCCCCGGGGGUCGGAUGGGGCCACAAUAGAGGAUCAAAGUUUUACAUACAAAUAUAUAGGGAAAAUCUUUAAAAAUCUUCUUCUCAAGAACCACUGUGCCAGAAAAGCUGAGAUUUAUAUGAAAGCUUCCUGAUAUAGUACAGAUUCUAAAUUGUUAAAACCCUGGCUCCCGGGGGUCGGAUGGGGCCACAAUAGGGGAUCAAAGUUUUACAUACAAAUAUAUAGGAAUUUUUUUUAAAAAAAUCUUCUUCUCAAGAACCACUGAGCCAGAAAAGCUGAUAUUUACAUGAAAGCUUUCUGAUAUAGUGCAAAUUCAAAUUUGUUCAAAUCAUGGCCCCUGGGGGUUGAAUGGAGCUACAAGGGGGGAUCAAAGUUUUACAUACAAAUAUAUAGGGACAUUCUUUAAGAAUCUUCUUCUCAAGAACCACUGAGCCAGAAAAGCUGAUAUUCACAUGAACAGCUUCCUAACAUAGAGCAGAGUUAAGUUUGUUCAAAUCAUGGCCCCCUGUUGUAGGAUGGGGCCACAAUAGGGGAUCAAAGUUUUACAUACAAAUAUAUAGGAAUUUUUUUUAAAAAAAUCUUCUUCUCAAGAACCACUGAGCCAGAAAAGCUGAUAUUUACAUGAAAGCUUUCUGAUAUAGUGCAGAUUCAAGUUUAUUCAAAUCAUGGCCCCUGGGGGUAGGAUGGAGCCACAAGGGGGGAUCAAAGUUUUACAUACAAAUAUAUAGGAAAAAUCUUCAAAUAUCUUCUUCUCGUGAACCAUUGGGCCAAAGAAGUUCACAUUUACAUGAAAGCUUUCUGACAUAGUGUAGAUUCAAGUUUGCAAAAACUAUGGCCUCCAGGGGUAGGUUGGGGCCAUAAUAAGGACUACGGUUUUACAUGCAAAUAUAUCUAGAAAGUCUUCUGAUAUGGACCAAGGUGACUCAGGUGAGCGAUGUGGCCCAUGGGCCUCUUGUUUAAUUUUAUUUUAUCAUACCUUUCAUUAUAUUUCAAUGUUUUAUGAAUGAGAUGUGAAUCUAGAUUUAGAUAUUAUACAUUUUGAAAAUUUAGAUUAUUUAGGGAUGAACUUUCUUCAGAGGAUAAAUGUCCACUGGAUAGGACUGGUUUGUUAAAUGUCCACUGGAUAGGACUGGUUUGUAAAAUGUCCACUGGUUAGGACUGCUUUGUUAAAUGUCCACUGGAUAGGACUGGUACUUUGUUGGAAGAAAUUUUGUGCCCCUGAAAUUCCAAAGCCAAAUGCAAGCAGAUGUAAUUUUUCCUGCUUUUCAUUUGUUUUAGAUAUUUAUCUACUCUUGCAUAAUGUUGUAAACUGUAAGGAGAGGGUAUUUAUAGGACAUGCCUGUUGCCUAAUCCUAUUCAAUUAUUUAUUGAAUACAGUAUUGUUUAAACUAAGCAGAUGGCAUCUGAAUAAUGUUGACAACUGAAAAUCUUAUAAUGAUUGAUAAAAUGUAAUUAAAGUUAUUUGUAAAGCAUUGGUGACAAGCUGUUUGCUUUGCACAUUAAAAUCAUGUUUGCAUGUGCAUUAGUACACUGUGUUAUAGGGAUUAUCAUUCAUUUCCUCCAUUAGGAGAUUAGUGCAACACAACUGUAAUUGAAAUUUGAAUUAAUUGAAGGAAUUUACACUGUGACUGAAUUGGAUGGAGUUACCUGGGGACUGAGGCCGUACUGUGUAUAGUAAGCUGUCCUGUUUAUUGAGGGAUAUCUCAGUAUAGAGUUAAACAGGAAACACAAAAGGACAUAGGAUAGUUAUUAAAUGGAGUGUCCCACUCAAAAUGCCAGUAAGAGAUGACAGAAAAAACAAGGACCUUCACUUGGAGGAAAAGCAUGUCUAUAAUGUGUAUGACCAGAUUGCAACAAAGUUCAGUGAAAUUUCUCAAAAGGCCUGGCCAAAUGUCCGCAGAUUUCUCAAGGAGUUGCCUCCUGGAUCCAUAGUGGCUGAUAUAGGUUGUGGAAGUGGUCGCUACCUUCACAUCAAUAGUAGAGUGUUCAAACUUGGGGUAGAUAUUUGCUCGCCAUUGGUAGAGGGUGCCAAGAACAAGGGACAUGAGGUACUUGUGGCAGACAAUUUGACUCUACCAUUUAGAGAUGGAGUGUUUGAUGCUGUCAUCUCUAUUGGAGUCAUCCACCAUUUCUCCAGUCAAAGUCGACGUCUGCAAGCUGUGAAGGAAAUGUGCCGUCUUCUGAGGUCUGGGGGUCGGAUAAUGAUUUAUGUAUGGGCUUUUGAACAGAAGCACAGAAAGUUUAAGAGUCAAGAUGUCUUGAUUCCUUGGCACACUAGUCACAGUAGUACAAGAUUAGAUUCCGUAGAUGGAGGUGUGUCCAGCAAUGCUAGCUCAGACAGCGAGUCAUCCAUCGACAUAGACGAUUCAAGAAGAUCAAAAAGAAACUUCAAUCGAACACUCUCAGACCCUGGCACAGAGCAAGAAGAUACACAUAUACAGUCCUACCUGAGGAAUGUGACUCAAGAGCCUCAUCUUCUCUCCCAGAAACACAGGUGUAGUACUCUUCCCAGCUCACUGGAAGGACUCUCUGGGGAGGAGUCUCAUGAUGAUGUUACCCCAAAUGUUCUGGCAGCUGAGUGCAGAAAGUUCGAGGCAUCUCUGAAGGCCAUGUCUUCUAGUAUGUUCUACCUCUCUGAGAAGGAUCACAGACAAACAAUGGGAAAUGGACAAGUAGAACUGGGAAAUCAUCAAAAGAAUCAUCAAAUGGCAGCUGAGAACCCAAAGUUUUCACAAAUCAGGAACCAAAGCACAACUGAAAUUCUGAACUCAGGGACAAGUAAAACAACUUCUAUAGGUAACUAUUCCAAUUUGUUUGAGAGUUCCCAUGGAAAUGGUAACAAGGAAGAACAGUUCCAACACAAAAAGGAAUUUAUUGCUGAUAGGAAAGAUUUGUGCAAUACAAUACAUUCAUCAGUAUUACAAAAAGGUGUUGAUAAUUCAAGCAGAUCUGACAGAAAUUGUGACAUAUGCCCAGGACAUACACCCUACUUACGCCAGUAUCCCUAUACAAGUGAGCAUGAUAAAGACCCAGAUUUAGGCCAGUAUCCCUAUACAAGUAAACAUGAUAAAGACCCAGAUAUCAUAUCACAAACGAAAUCAAAAGACAGUGGGAAAACAAAGAAAAAUAAGUUAACAAUAUUUGCCUCUAUCAAGGAGAGUUUUCUCAACUUCUUUGAAGGAAAAUCAUCGAAAAUGAAAAAGCCAAAACUUGAAAUUUCUCAGUGUGAGACAGAGGAAAUUGAUGUAAGUGAUUUUGCUGUGAGAGAGUUUCCAAUGAGUAGCUGUCCUAAUUACAGGAAAGAAAAUUUUUCUGAGGUGCUAAAUGAAGUCUUUGAAAGCAGAGAAAUCCAGCAUGCUAAGCAACGCUGUGCCUCAGAAAACUGUAAUGGUGAAUCAGAAGUGAAUCCUCCGAAGGAUACUUGCUUGGAAGCUAUAACAUGUGACAGUCGAGAAACUUUCAGCCAACUUUCAGGUCAAACUGUAACACUACUUAAACAUUCCUUGUCUGAUCUAUCAAAAUCAAAGUGUUUAAAACGUUUUGAUGAUAUUUCUUCAGACAGCUUCAAACUAAGAUCUCAGAUGAGUAGCUUGUCUCAACAACAUUCCCACAGCUUGCCAGUAGUCAGUCAUAUCACAGACCCAGUCCAUGUCAACUACCCCCCAGCGUCAGUGCCUUCAUCUCCUGCCGUAAGAAUCGAAUCUUUCAAGAAGUCCACAGAACUUAGCAGAUUCUAUCAUGUUUUUAAAGAUGGAGAAUUGUCAAAGCUCAUUUCUAAACAUAUUCCAAAUGUGAGAAUUAUUCAUUCCACUUAUGAUCAUGCAAACUGGUGCAUCGUGGCAGAAAAAUGUUACUGAUUCUGGAGUUUUGUGAAGGAAGCCUUUAUGAUUUGAAGUAUGUUAUGUCACAAAUUUGUACACAUAUAAUGAUGUCACAAUGUAUAUUUACUUGAAGGUAGAAAGAGUAUUACAAAUUGACAAGAAUUUUCAUCAGGUCUUUCAUUGUAUUCUUUGUAAUUUUACCUGGCAUUUAAGGAUCUCAAAACAUGGUGCAUACUUUAGAUGAUAUUGUUUGUUUUAUAUCAUAAAUAUUUCAAACAUCUUUUUAUUUUUGGUGCUUAUUGAGAUGCCAUUGGACUGUUAUGGUACAUGUACUGGAACAUUUUUUUUUAACUUAAAUUUAAUACAACAGAAGUAAUUUUGAGAAAUAUAUGAAAGAUCAGAUUUAGAACUUCAUGUACUGAUAUGACUGUCAUGUAAGAAGUUUUUUAUUUGCCUUUUAUCAUACCAUGAUUCCUAAAAGCAUUCAUUACAUAAUACUUAGCAAAGGUUUAUUUUUUAAUUGAUGCAGUGUUGUGUACUAAUGAGCGUAAAAUUAUUAUAUUGUGAAAUUCAUUUAUUUUAAAAACUUCUAUUUUGGUGUUACGUUACAUGUAACCCUGGGCUGUGGUCACAGUCUAUAAGCCAAUUUACACAGUUCAUGACCCUUCUAUCUUAAUACUUGCAUGUUCAGUCCUGGAAGUUUCCAUAAUUUUAGAUGAGAACAUGAGUGGUUAACUCUACAAAGAAAUUUACUUGGAUCAUCAGGUUAUCUUACGGAGUAAGAGUUGUCCUCCUUUGUAAAGUAAUUACAAUGUACAAGAAUUCACUUCUGGAUUGAUACGUUCAUUGUUUAUUUAAGGAAUAAAUGUUUAGGUUGUUUGUGUUAUGGGAGGGGGUGGGGGGUUGAAAACGAUAGAGCCACGGGGUAAUUUGAACUGAUUAUGCUAAAAAUUAACCACCACCACCCCCACCCACCACCCCCCAUGGUUCCAUAUCCCCCAUAAUCAAAACAAUCUAGACAUUUAUUCCCCAUAUGUUUAUGUUGAAAUUUAACCUGUUUUAUUUUUAUAUCAAGUUGAAAGGUCAACUGAGAAAUGAAUAUAGGUUUUUUUUUACUAACGAAACAUUGCUGAAUGUAAAUACUGAACAUCAUAAGUCGCAAUAUUUUCCUUAAAUGUCUUAAGGAUAGAGAGAUAGAACUUUUAUAGUGUAGAUAUCACUGAAAAGUCUGAUGAUUAUAAUGUAAUAGAUAACUUGUGUUUUAGCUGUGUAUUUGUGAGUAGAUGUCAGCAGUUGUCAUUGUAUAUUGGUUGCUGCACCCAUUUGAUCUUUUUAAAUCGUUCUUUUCACUGUCGGAAACGAGGACAUUGAACAGAUUGCAGACUAGUCAGAUUUUGGAGAUUUGCAUUGGAUUUUGAAAAUUGUGUUUAUAGAUAUUUUUUAUAUGAAAUAUGUGUGCCUUUUUAGUGAAAGCUUUGCAGAUCCUUGUGGUGAUAAUCCUUUAUGCCAAUAUUAUGCACUAACAGCACAAUCAAAAAUGAGGGAGAGAAUCUCUUUUACUAGCUAUUGGUCAGAGUAUAUAGACACAAGCAACACUUACUUGCUUCUUAGGGCUCAAAACUUGAAUUUGUAUUUCAGAAUCAAAACCAUUGUUUCUGUCAUUGCAUUGCUUGACUUGGUAGAUGGUUUUCAAAGUUUAUGAUAAUUCAAUAUCCGUCUAUAUUGCUAAUCUCUAUUGAUUUUAUGGGAAAUACAACUUCAGUUGAUGUGUGAUUUUUGUGAAUAAGCUGCUUUAUGAAAGUGCCCAUAGACCUUUUCAUUACUUUGAAUCUUAAUACAUAUAAUGUACAGGUACUUACUGGGAUUUAUAGCAUAUCUCUCUUUCUGAAUCAUUAAUUAUAGUUUCUCUCCUUGUUCAGUUGAGGAGCAUAUCUCCAUUUCCUUUUUGGUCUAUUUAUUCCUUUUCGUCUCAUUCUCUUGUGCUGUUAUGUCGUUAUGUGUUCCCAAAGGUUAUUUAAAUGAUGUGAUUUUUUUUUUUUAGGAAUAAUGACAUGUAGAUAUGUUGAAAUGAUGUCAUAUUUCAUACCUGUGUUUUCUGGGUUUGUUUUGCAUAUACAUGUACUUAUUACAUAUACUUAAAUUGUCAUAGCUUUCUUAUUUUUCAUUGAAAUACUUUGAAAUUCUAAUUGUAUGUAUAUGUUGCACAUCCCAGCAUACUGGGGAAAAAAAUAACUGCAUGUGUACUGAAUUCUGACAAUAUUAAAAACUCAAAACACUAUUUUUUUAGCAAAAAAUGUCGAAUUUUAAAUGAAGUCUAUGUGUAUGAUGCAUUUGGAUUUCCUAUCACAUGAUCUCAUUAAAAUAGCGUGUAAGCACACAUAUUUUCAUGUGCUGAAUUCUGACUGGCUCCCAUUAAAAAUCACAAUGAAGUAUUUAUUUUAAUGAAAUGUAUGCAGAUAAAGAAUCUUUACCAUGUAGUAAAUGAUAUGAAAUACCCUGAUAGUAUGUGCAUAAUCUUAUUUUUAGUUCUGAGUGCAUUGUUAAUGCACAAAUAGUUUUUACUUUCAUAAGUGAAAAGAAAUUUCCUUCAUCUUCUUGAUCAAAUAUAAUGUUCUUGGUUACAAUUAGUGACAGUACUGUAGUUAUUUUCCUCAUUAAUAGAACUCCAUCACAGCAUGUAUGACGAAGCAAUUGAUCCAAAUAUGAGAUUAUCUAUUGUAGUUCUUCGCAUAUCAAUUUAUAAAUGUGUCUUUCUUCAAGUGCAAUAUACAUAUUAAUUACUUUUUUCACAUCUAGUCUCAAAAGAUAUUACAGCAUAUGAUAAGAAAAGUCAACUUGUAAACAACAUUUGCUGACGCAUGUCAAAUUCGUUUAUACUGUUAUCAGUUGUUGACCAAUUUGGUGCACAAGUUGAUGCCAUGAUUAGUGUUUUAAAGCCAAACUUUGUGAUACAUCUUACAAAUGUCAAAAUUGUUUUGUGUUAAAUGUAUUAAAAAUGUAUGUGAUAA